AUGAACACUUUCCCCAGAUUUCGCAAGGGUGCGUCCCCGAGGAAACGGGAUGACAACACGAACCCCAAUGGAGUCGAUCUUGAUUCUGGCCAUGUGGACUACAACGGGUUCCCUCCUCUCAGCAGAACGUACUGCGACGCCGGUGUUUGGCCAGCUGGGGAGGUUAUUAGUAACAUAAAUUCGGAGCGAAAUUACACGUAUCGCAUACCUCGUGUCAAGCGCUUCUACCAGGAUUAUUCUCUUCCGACCACGAACGCCUAUGAAAACUUGAAAGAACUCGCCAAUAUUGACCGCAAAGCCCGACCGAUAUUGACAAUUCGGAAUCCGACUCCCAGUGAUGGAACAGUUAGCGAAAGCAGCACAGGUGUUGGGGAUGUUCCAUGUGGAGGCAUUAGUCCUUAUGAGAAUCGGGGGAUCAACAAUGUCCAGGAUGGAAGCCUCUUGAUGGUUCAGCCGGUAACCUUUGGCCGCAGGAGCAUUGACAUCCAUCGAGCCGAGUUUUCUGACUUUCUUACCAGUCGAUCUAAUCUGGAUAUCAACAUUCGCUCUUCCUCUUGCCCAUCUUGCCAUCUAAAAAGUAGGACCGAUAUCAUCAAGAAUUCAGACAGCUGCUUGGACGCACCUGCUAGGCCCAGAACUACGAAAGAUGAUCACCGCAACCGGCCACCGGCGGGUGAGAUGGUAGGCAUAUCCCUUACUCAUCGGAAGGUGAAUAGUGGAGAUUACGCAGAUGUCUUUGGAACGUUUGGAGUGCGCGAUGGGUUCAGCGUUCCUGAGUUUUGCCAGCCUCGUGCAAAGAAUACACAUCCACGGCUUGAGGAUAUAUUUCCCACAGCCAACGAUCACCGCAUAACAUCGGCAGCAGAUGCUGUGAUGCAUCAGGGGCCAGGGCCGUCUUCACCCUGUAAAACGGGGCAUUUUAACCUCUCUCCUUCGAAUAACUCAUCAAACUCUUUAAAUAGCCGGAUGUCUUUAAUAUCUCCUGGCCAUACGCCCCCGCAAACGAAGGGGGAGAACAACAAUCAACAUCUCGGAAGCGUAUAUCCGCCGAUUGAGACUCGCGAUAUCAAGCCUCACCGCUUAUCCUGGGCAGCCAACACAACAAUCAAAGACUGCCUUGUUCCUACGAUUAUUAUCGACAAACCGUCGUCCUCUGGCCGUGUUGACGGAAACGCUACCACCACUGGUCGAUAUCUGUUCAAGCUGGGAUCGCUAAAAAUUGGCAAUGGGUUUGCGCCUAAUGCCCGUGCCAAGACCCCUUAUCCCCGGGACUUGAACAACGCCCCUCUUGAUGACUGCCCGUCAGCUGUUAUUGAAGAACCUACUCCGAGGUCUAAGUGGGAGACUUUCAAUAUUCAUUCUCGCCGGGCUUAUCCAUACCUCAUGAAGGUUAGAUCCUCCAUCUCCCUACGUCGCGCUUGUGCAUCCCCAGCGUCUACCAGAGGCCCUCAUCAAUCCCCCGUGGUAGCGGCAGAUCCGAUAGAUAUCAGUGUUGAGAGCUUCCGCGGGAGAUCAAGACACAAUCCUGUGUCCACCCUCAGCAUGAUCGAUGAGUUCAGGAGAAAAAACGACCUACUAGCGAUGGAAACAGGAUAUCGUAUUCCGGAGAGGAUGGAAAGUCCAACAAGGUCUGAAAAGAUUGAGCUUUAUGGGGAGGAGUUUAUUAAUGGGGAUUUUAUCUGUCGUGCUAAGAGGCGGUUGAGUAAGAUAUUCAGGGUCGGCGGAAAUACCCGCUAG